GCCGUCAAACUAACUUGAGGCAGUUUUGGUGGAUUUGAGCUAAUAAGACUUUUGUUAUGAAUGGCCACUAGUUAAAAAAAGAUUUUGCUUAGACAUUACAAAAAGACGGGAAAAAAGUCUCGUAUCGAAUGUUAGACAACGUUAGUAAGUUUAGCCAUGUGAAGAGGAAUCUGUCAAUGUUAAUUCACUGAUUAUUCUCUGUUCUGCAGAUUAGGGUUGGGAUACGAUAAACGACCACCGACAGGAAGGAAUACAUGAACUAUGGACACCUCUGACCAAGGGACGAUGCCUCCGUUGAAAGAAUUUUUGCUAACUUUCUUCAUGCCAGAAAAGUGUUAUGACCACUUUUUCAUUUACUUCAACUUUUUGCACGUACCUUGCUUGAAGAUUAUCAUGAGCAAGACUAUGGGAAUACUGAUUUUGAUGGGAAUUGUUAUUGCUCCUCUGCCUCAGAUCUGUAAAAUCCUGUGGUCUGGAAGUUCUAAUGGCCUGUGUCUGACAUCAUUUUUUCUGGAGCUGUUGGCCAUCUCUACUCAUGCAGCUUUCUGUUACACUCAAAACUUUCCAAUUGGAGCCUGGGGGGAAAGUUUGUUUGCAUUGAUCCAGAUUGCUGUCCUGGUUUUGCUCAUCCAGCACUACCGAGGGAAAACCAUAAAAGGUAUAUAUUUUCUUGCUCUAUACUGUGGCUUUAUGUUCCUCCUGACCUCCCCUUUGACCCCUGUGUCAGUGGUUUGGACCCUGCAUGAAUGGAAUGUGCUGUUGGUUAUUGCUGGAAGGUUCCUCCAGGCAAGCAGUAAUUUUAAAUGUGGACACACAGGACAGCUGUCUGUACUCUCAGUUUUCCUGUCUUUUCUCGGCUCUCUGGGGCGUAUCUUCAGCUCCCUGCAGGACACAGGCCUAUCUCUCUUAAGUCAGAUGCAUGCACUGUCCUGUUGUGGCAGUGGGCUGAUGCUUUUACAGGUCCUUUUGUACUGGAAUAAAUGCAAGACAAACCAUGAGAAAGAAGAACAAGUGCAGAAAGACAAGGCUGAAUAAAAGAGAUCUGUUUUUCUGUCACUUGGUCAGGUAUAUUCUGACUUGGAUUUACAUCUCAGAUUGUGCAUUUGCACUCCUGGAAAAAGAGGUUGUGAAUCAUCCAAUGUCUCAUGAAAUGUUUGUAUUUUCAGUUUUCAGUCUCAAGAUGUGAUUUCAUUUCUCUUUUUCAGCAUUUAGUGUUCUGCUGUACUCUGCACAUAUUCAGAAAUCUUUUCUGUAAUAAAAUAUGUUUCUAGUGUUGUUAAAGCUCCUCUAACAUGUUGUUUUUGGGUGAAAAAAAAAACGGGUUGGGUGACAGUUUCUUGGGGAUUAGUUGUGAAGUCAACAAGUAGUUUAAAGGUAUUGAAAUGACAGACGGCAUGUCCCCCGGUGUUGCUUAGGCGCUGUGUUGACGCUGUGGUGUGGUUAGUUUGUUAGGUCUGGUUGUGUAGUCUUGGCUCUGUCUGCUUUGUGGGAGGUCUUCUCUGCGGGGCCGUGUUUGUUUCCGGAGCAAUGAAAACUCGCUGAAACAUGAGUCAUAAAGCGUCUGUGCAUGCGUGUGGUUCGCUCCUUAUCUACCUGUCUGACAGACCUCAAUCUACCAUCAUAAUGAUCUAAUCUGUGUGUCUGUGUGGAAACGCCACACCGUGCGUGUGUUUGUUUGCCCUGCCCAUGAGGGUCUGAAAGAAUCGUGUGUGUGUGUUUGUGAUAGGACUUGAAACUCUUGAAAGAGUUAUGUUGAAAACAAAGUGAUUAACUUAUGUAUUUCAUACUUAUAGUUUUUACACAAGUUUUAGAGAUUUUGAUUGUGUGUCUGUAUUAUCGGAUCACUUUGAUGUGUGUUGUUUGGUUGUGUCUGAUAAGCAGCCCAGUGAUGCAAUUCUUCCGUAUACCUUAAGAAUGUGUUUGAGUAUUUCUAUCUGUGUGGGCCGCACUCGAGUGGCUGGUGGCUGAUGAUACAGAUCCAACUGUAGAUAGUCAUUCACGGUGUUCUGAAAUUGGGACAAACAUGAACGAUUAAAAAUUAUGAAUGAGUGCAGAUGAAGUAAACCUCAUUUAGAUAGGGGUGUUUCAUGAACUUUUGCCAUGUUUUUUGCCUUUAUUUUUUGCUACGUUAAAAUGCUUUUCAUUCAUGUAUUUUAUUGAUUUACCUUUCUCCCAGACCCUAUAGAAAAUCUAUAAAUAAAUCUAUUGUACCUUAUAAAAAUGAGCUAAAUACAUCGAUUUAAAAUAUUACUGAUUUUAUAAAAAAAAAAAAAAA